ACGGAUUUUCCUUCGUGCAAAGAGCCUUGGCAUCUCCCAAAGUAAAAGGAAAAGAGUUAAGGAGUCAGCCUACUACACUGAGAAACCCGGGAUCGAAUCCAGGCGAGCAAAACCGGGAAUUUUUCAGGAAAUUGUCUGUCCCAGAUAUGAUGGAUGCAUCACUUUCACCCGGCUACCCAAAAAGAAAGAAAAAACCACACACAAACACACUGUCGAGUCCGCUUAAGCUAAUUGCUCACUUAUCCGGUUCUGCAAGUGGACUGGACUGUAUAUGGCGCGGCUUCAAUAAACGAGUACUCGAUAUAUAAUUCGCUAUCAUUACAAAACUUUUCGAAAUUUCAAACUAAUAAUAAUAAAAAAAUAUGUAUAAAACCGUUGAAGUUGGCAACGUGACGUAAUCCGUUAUGUAGUCUGCUGUAAAGAAGGUUAAUUUUAAACUGGAGAAGGGAUGAUUCGUUUGUCCGUGAGAGAUGUCUCGUCUAAUGAUGGCAAUUCCAAUUUCGAUGUAACUGCUCAUAAUGGAAAAUAUUUAGCAGUUAAAUUAAAGACUAAUAAAGACAUAGGAAUUUGGUUUUUGAAAGAUCAGCCUGUUAUACUUACUGGACAUCAUUUACCAAUUCAGGCAUUAUCAUUUUGUCAUCCACAUCAGGGUGAUUUCUUAUGUUCCUGUUCUGAUGAUAAUGUUAUUUUAUGGGAUUUAUCUCAAUAUAUUGGAAAUGAGAAAAUUUAUAGAGGAAAGGUUUUAUAUUCUUGCUUGAAUGGAAUAUCAUCUUGUUGCUUCAGUUAUUAUGAAUUGAAAAUAGCUCUAUGCAGCAAAAGGAAAAUUUAUAUUUUAGAUUUAAAAACUAAACAAUUUUCUUUUAUUCUGGAUGACAUAUCAACCCCCAUUGAAUGCUGCUUCUCAUUUUUUAAUACAUUAUUGUCUAUAUCAGAAGAUGCAAUAUGUAGAGUUUGGAAAUUGCAAAAUGAAGCAACUGUAAGCUAUAAGUCUGUGAUUGGAGCUUCUCCAACAGUUUUAACUAUAGAUUAUAAAUGUCAACAUAUAGCUAUAGGAACUGUUGCAGGAAAUAUAGAAAUUUAUCAAGCAGAUAAUGAAAAUAAUCUUCAACAUAUUUCUUCAUUAAAAAUUUGGAAACUUAUGUAUGAUGUAAAUAAAAGAAAAGGUUUGUUAAUUACAAGAUAUUGA